AUGAACUUCCCAUUUGAAGAAACUAAUGUCUUAACCUUCUUCUCUUCUUCUUCCUCUUCUCUCUCCUCUCCUUCUUUCCCCAUCUAUAACUCUUCUUCUACCACUAAUACUACUUAUGCACCUCUAGGGUUUUCGAAUAAUCUUCAGGAUGGAGGACCCUUGGGAUCAAAGGUGGUUAAUGAUGAUCAGGAUAACAUUAGAGGUGGAAUUAACAAUGAUGUGCAUUCUAAUUCUUGGUGGAGAUCAAGUAGUGAGAGUGGAGAGAUGAAGAACAAAGUGAAGAUAAGGAGGAAACUAAGAGAGCCAAGGUUUUGUUUCCAGACAAAAAGCGAUGUGGACGUUCUGGACGAUGGCUACAAAUGGCGCAAAUAUGGUCAGAAAGUCGUCAAGAACAGCCUUCACCCCAGCCGGAGCGUAAUCAUAGACUACAUCAUCGUCAUCAUCAUCUUCAUUCUUGAAAGAUACUGCAAAUUGAGUGUGACCGUUGCAAUGGAGAACCAAAACACAUUGAGAUGGACCGCAGAAGCUAUUACCCAUCUUGCUGCUGAGUUCAAUGAAGCGGACAUUCAGACAGCCUUUCUAAACCUUCCUAAGUCCAAAGCCCCUGGACCGGAUGGAUACCCUGCAGAGUUUUUCAAAGCGAACUGGAGUAUGGUGGGGAAAGACAUGAUCGCAGCAGUUAAAGAGUUUCUGUCGACUGGAUGUCUUCUUCAACAAUGGAAUUCAACAAUUAUUUCCUUGAUCCCAAAGAAGGCCAAUGCGAACCGGAUGACUGAAUUUAGACCAAUAUCUUGCUGCAACACUGUGUACAAGGUAGCCUCUAAGCUGUUGGCUAACAGACUUAAGGCUGCUCUGCCAAAGCUUAUUUUCUCUGCCCAAUCAACGUUUGUCCCGGGACGUCUUCUUGCUGAAAAUGUUCUUCUAGCAACAGAGCUUGUGGCUGGAUACAAAUGGAAAGACAUCUCAAAGCGUUGUAUACUGAAAGUGGACCUACAGAAAGCUUUCGAUUCAAUCAAUUGGGAUUUCGUUUUGAACACUCUUGAAGCUCUCGAGUUUCCCACCCAUUUCAGGAAGUUAGUCUCCCAAUGCAUCACGACUACCAGAUUCUCUGUAUCUGUCAACGGAGAAUUGUGUGGCUAUUUUAAGGGAACAAAGGGUUUACGCCAGGGCGACCCACUCUCUCCCUAUCUUUUUGUCAUUGCGCUGGAAGUGUUCUCUCAAAUGCUAAAUGUGAAGUUCAGAGCUGAAGAUAUUGGUUAUCACCCGUGGACAGCAGACCUUGAGGUAACCCAUCUUGCUUUUGCUGAUGAUCUGAUGAUAUUCUUUGAUGGUGAAAAGAACUCUUUUGCUAAUAUUGUUGAUACUAUGGAGUUAUUUGCUACCUGGUCUGGUUUGAGGAUGAACAAAGAAAAGACAGAACUCUUUGUAGGUGGUUUGAACCAAGUUGAAACUACUGAUUUGACAAGUCUAGGUUUCACUUUGGGUUCAAUGCCAUUCCGCUACUUGGGUCUUCCUCUGAUGCACCGCAAGCUGCGCAUUUCUGAAUACAGGCCACUCUUGGUGAAAAUCUCGGGUCACUUCACUGCUUGGUCUUCUAAAAAGCUUUCUUAUGCUGGUCGAGCUGAGUUGAUUAAAUCGGUUAUCUAUGGAAAUAUAAAUUUAUGGACCUCUGCUUUUGUUCUUCCAAAAGGAUGCUUGCAGCAAAUUCAGAGCUUGUGCUCCCGCUUCCUAUGGACUGGAAAUGUUACUGAUCGUGGAGUUGCAAAGAUUGCGUGGAGUACACUGAUCUGGAGGUUAUAUAUCCCUAACCCAUCUUUAUGGGCUUCUUGGAUUAAGAAGUGCAGAAUUGGAGAUGAGAGUUUAUGGAGUCUCGAAGCUAAAAAUGCGGGUUCAGAGACAUGGAGAUCUCUCUUAAACCUGCGAUCUUUAACUACAAACUUCUUGAGAGCAGAGGUUGGAAAUGGUGAAACUACAAGCUUUUGGUGGGAUAUCUGGACCCCUUUAGGUCGCUUAAUCAACGUAUUCGGCGACACAGGUCCUCGUGAGCUCUCAAUUCCUUUAUUUGCUUCAGUUGCUGAUAGCUGUAAUGAAAAUGGUUGGAGACUGAGAGGUGCGCGCUCGCCUGCUGCAGAGACCCUCCAUAUUCAUCUCACGAGUAUACAUCUGCCGUCAUCCUUACAAACUGAGGAUGUAUUUUACUGGCUUGUGGAUGGGGAGAACUUAGAUGACUUCUCUGCCUCUCGGACAUGGGAGGCGAUUAGAAACAGAGCUCCUGCAGUCACUUGGUCAAACAGUGUAUGGUUCAAAAUGGCAACUCCUCGACAUGCUUUCCUCAUGUGGAUCGCACAGAACGAUAGGAUGCCAACUAGAGUGAGGCUCGCAAGCUGGGGCCUUGGGGUUUCAUCAAACUGUUGCCUCUGUGACUCAGCGCCGGAGACCCGUGACCAUCUGCUCCUGCGUUGUGAUAUCAGUAAACAGAGAUACAAUCUUGGGAAAACAGCACAGCAAGAAGAGUUUCAAGAACCUUAUGCUUUCUUGGCUGAUGAAUGA